GUACAAGAUUCUUUGAAGUUAAAAUGAUUUCAUGUUACUUUUAUAUACUGACGUGAACUUAAGGGUUGCUCGGUUCAAUUUAAUUCUUAUUGAAAAGCUUUUACUUGGACAAUUGCCACACCAUAUUUAGAAUAUCCAGUUGUCUUUCAACUCACAUGAAGCGGGAAAAAUGGAGACAGAAAAAAAGGAGACGGUUGUAGAGUGCGGCACUCAAGUGGAUAUACGAGAUUUCGCAAUCCGCACAUGUACAAGCGUGGCAGUACAAGUGGAACCUAGUGACUUUCAAACCGCCCAAGAAGUAACGAAGGACAGCGACGCCUUACCGCUUCUGACAACCCAGCCAUCCAGAGAGGAAUUCGUCGAGAAAGCGAACCCGGAAUACCGCUGCGAUUACUGCUAUGGAUGCUUAUUUUGUGAAAAGGGACAUGCGUGGUAUAGCAUUCGUGGUAAAGCCUGCCUCUGGGUGUUACUUCUAACGCCAGGGUACCUUAUAUUGGGCGUGUUUCUGUUACCCUUCUUCAUUCUAAUGGGUAUAGCUUACUGCGUCGCUGCCGCCAUAGAAUGACUUGUUGUUGGCGUAUUCAACGUUUUGCUCAAAUCAAGAGCGUACGAGAGAAAUGGAUGGAC